AUGAAAACUUCAAUUGUAUUUGCUGUAUUUUUGAGCUGUUUUGUAGUUGGACAAAUGGCAUCAGAAAUCCCGGAAAAAUUCUUCGGACGUUUCACUUUGGAUAAAUCGGAAAACUUCGAUGAAUUCUUGGCGGCUAAAGGUGUCAGUUGGUUCGUCAGACAAAUGAUCAAAUUGGCAAGUGUCACCAAGGUUUUGGAAAAGAAUUCCGUUGGUGGAAAGUGAGUUUUUCACAGAAAUCUUGAAAAAAAUUUUGAAUUUUAAUUUUUAGGUACAACUUGGAAAACUUGACAUCUAAGAAAAACACAAAAUACGAAGGUUGGGAACUCGGAAAAACAUUCCAAGCUGAAGGUUUGGAUGGAGAGCAACACAAAAUCACAUUUAACUUCAAAGAUGGAACUCUUACCGAGCAUCACAUUAGACUUAAUGAGCCAGACACCAGUGCUGAAACUUAUCAUUAUACAAUUGAAAAUGAUCAACUUGUUAUGGUAAUCUAUACAAAUUAUUUUAAUUUUAUCUCAUUUUCCCUUUUUCCAGAAAAUGGUGAACAAUGGAAUCACUUGCCGACGUUGGUUCAAGAGAUCACAGGCAAAGAAAUAA